CGGUGAAGCUCGGCUGUGGAUGUUAGAGUCGGUUCGAUCAGUUGUUCGGAUCUGUGCCGCCGCGCGUAAAACAUGAGUGCCGCACCCCGACAUCCACCAUCUGUCAGCUUGGACUACAAGACGCGCGCCUCACCGGUGUUGCGACACGAAUCCUUCAGAUGGAGUGGGUGUAAACACAAACUGAGCUCUCACACUCUCUUCUUAUUCACUAAGGAAGUUGACUCGUGUCAGGUCGAGCGGAGCAGCGCGGUACGCAAAGGUGAAACUGUGACAGGGCGUGUUCGACCUUCAUAAACUGCAUCCUGUUGGAAGAAAAAUGAGCACCACAGAGGCAAACGGCAAGUACAACACGCAGAUUUCCAAGAAGGCCAAAAUGGGCAGAGACAAUUCUACGCUGCACCACGGCAUCCCUCCAGAGACGCUCAGUAAGGUGCAGGGCUACCUGGAUCAAUUCCAUCUGUCUAUGGAGAAGCUGCAGGAGGUUUCCGCUCGCCUGAGGAAAGAUCUGAUUCGAGGGUUGGGGAAACACACUCACCACAGGGCGGCCGUCAAGAUGCUGCCCACUUUCGUCAGGGCCAUUCCAGAUGGGACAGAGAAAGGCGACUUCCUUGCGCUGGAUCUCGGUGGAACAAACUUCCGGGUGCUUCACGUCCGUGUGAUGGAGGAGGAGCAGAAAGUGCUGAAGAUAGACAGUCAGAUCUGUGCCAUCCCGAAGGAAAUGAUGAUGGGGACUGGAGAACAGCUGUUCGACCACAUCGCCGCCUGUCUUGGUGAUUUUCUCGUCUCUCAGGAUCUGAAGGGACUAACUCUUCCUCUGGGCUUCACCUUCUCUUUCCCCUGCGAACAGAAAGAAAUUGACAAGAGCAUCCUGAUCCGCUGGACUAAAGGCUUCAACUGCUCCGGAGUGGAGGGCGAAGACGUGGUGAAGUUACUGAAAGACGCCAUCCACAGGAGAGGGGACUAUGAUAUAGGCUCAGUUGCCAUGGUGAACGACACAGUGGGCACAAUGAUGAGCUGCGGCUACAGAGACCAGAACUGUGAGAUCGGCAUGAUCAUCGGUACGGGAACCAAUGCCUGCUACAUGGAGGAGAUGAAGAACGUGAAGCGUGCUGAGGGCGAGGACGGGAGGAUGUGCAUCAACACAGAGUGGGGCGGCUUCGGGGACGAUGGCUCCCUGAAAGACAUCCUGACAGAGUUUGACCUGGUGGUGGAUGAGACAUCCAUCAACCCCGGCAUCCACACCUUUGAGAAGAUGAUCAGCGGCAUGUAUAUGGGAGAAAUCGUUCGGCUGCUGCUGGUGAGGCUGACGGAGGAGAAGGUGCUGUUUAAGGGACAGACAUCAGAGGCGCUGCUGACUCCUGAAGCAUUUGAGACAAAGUUCAUGUCUGAGAUUGAGGACCAGGACAGCGGUCUGGAAAACACCCAGAAUAUUCUGACCAAGAUGGGUUUGAAAUUUGAUUCCGUCGACUCCCAUGUGGUGCGUCUGAUCUGCGACACCAUCUCCACGCGCUCCGCCGCACUCUGCGCCGCUGCCCUGGCAACCCUUGCCACCCGUAUCCGUGUCAACCGCGGGUUGGACCACCUGAAGACCACCGUGGGAGUGGACGGGACGGUCUACAGAAAACAUCCCACUUUCAGUGAUAAGCUCCAGGCGACGGUGCGCCUCCUCGCCCCCGAGUGUGACAUCACCUUCCUCGUCUCGGAGGAUGGCAGUGGGAAGGGCGCUGCCAUGGUAACAGCUGUGGCGCAGCGGCUGGCUCUACAGUCCCGACUAUUAGAGGACAGUGAUGGUGACGAUGAAGAGGAUGAGGAGGAAGACUAAUAAAGAGUAGAGAGGAUGCAGAUGAAACAAGACUUUUUCUGUUUUUAAAGUCUGCAGUUUUCUCAUCCAGCCAAAUUUUUUAAUAUAAUAAGAAUAUAUAUUUCAGUUUUUCUGCUAUGCAACUCAGCAGUGAGUCAAACUUCACUGACCUUUUUCAUUUUCUUUUACCAACUCUGUCAUAUUUUUGAAUCAUUAAAGGUUCCCUGUGGAGUCUAGACCUGUUGUAGUGCCACAGAGCUGUUUUCCUUGAGUGCCAUUAAAGGCAGAGAAGAAGAAAACUGAAGCCCUGAAACAUGCAUUCAGACCAUGCAGGAUUUAAAAUACUUGGAAAUGUUUUAUGAGGACAGAAAUACGUUCAAUAUGUUUGUUGACCCAAGCAGCAAACUCUGGGGCUGGAAGAUGAAGUUAACACAGAAGUGCCAAAAACUGCAGUUAUGUGAAUGGCCACUUGAGGCUGGCUCUAGAAACGAGUCAAUCCCGAUUAGCCUCGCGUCACCAGGUUCUUCACGUACGGCAAAGAGCCUGGUUUCCAUUCACUUUGAAUUUUGUCUGGAUUCUGGUUCCGGUCUAGAGAGCGGAUCCGGAAUUCACCAAAUUCACCAAAGUAAAACUUUAAAUUCUGACGCACCAUCGAUUUCCGUCUCCGGUUUAGUACCAUAUUGUUGUUGUUGUGGUUGAUAGAGCAUGCUGCAUGGCGAGCAUCACACAGUUUUCCUCUCUCUUCCGCCCCCACCGCCCCAAACUUUACUGAAAAAAUGCAUCUACAAACUACAGGUAUAAUGAACAAAACUAGGAUCAAGUGCCUAUUAAAUAAAAGAGACAACUGAAAUAGACAGUAACUUGUAAUACAAUUAAAUACAAUAAAAGAAAAAGUUAACUUAAUGGCUUGGGGCUUUUCUUGUAAAUUAUAUUCUUUAAAUUAAAAAGUUUCACCGCAUUUUUAUUAGCUUAGUGCUUUUAUUUUGACGGAAAGGCGCAUCCAUCGAAUUCCACAUCCUGUCUCUCUCGCCCUGGUUCUGGUCCCUUAGCAAAACGGCCACUAAACGGCCCCAGACUAAUCCCGAUAGCCCCCCCGUCUUAAAGUGCCCAGCUUUACAGCUGAAAUAAACAUGUUUACAGCCUGGUACAAAAACAGUUUGGAUUCUAUAGCUAAUUUACCCGUCGUGACAACUGUACAGGGGGUGAAUUUUUCUAUAACAGACCCAUUUACAUUUUAUCAAGGCUUAAAGUUUCACAUAAUUAAGGGCGGGCAGCUUUGACUGACAGGCUGUCCGCCAAUAGUAUCUUCGACUUCUCAGUCAGAUCCACCCCUCGUUCUUCACAGUGCUAGCCUCUCGUCCAGAUAUUGUCACCUCUGCCUCCAAAAGUCCAAGAUGGCGAUGUCCAAAGUGCUAAACGUGAGGCUUCAAAACGGGAGUCCACAAACCAAUGGGCGACGUCACGGGAACUACAUGUAUUAUCUUUUCAGUCUAUGGUUAGACCUCAAGGAUUCAGAGUGUGUUUUGGUGACAAUUACUGACUUUAAACAUGACUUUUACUUGUUUACAGGAAAACUCCACAGGGCACCUUUGAGCCAAUUAAAAAGACAUGCUCGUUCAAAGUGUUUGAUUGACAGGUGAUUUCAGGGAAAUGCAGCGUGGACUUAAUUUCCAACAAUAAUGAUAAUAACAUGAUUUGAUCAGAAAUAGAAGUGAUUGAUUGUCAAAUAAUUAUAUAAAUUAAAAUAGAGGUAAUUAUACUUGUAUUAAAUUAUGUUUUGUUAUCAUUUCUGUGUCAUUUAUUAGUUUUUCCAUUAUCCAUAUUUACCAUUUCUCAUUGAGGGUGACAAAUGCAGAUUUCUUUUUUUUUUUUGGAUCUAACACUCAGUGUUCAGUUGAAAUUUUGUCACCUGUUUACUCGACUCAGUUUUUCUUUUGAUCGUGUGGUUGAGUCUAGGCCCCAGACAGAUUUAAAAUGCUAAAGAAAAAUAAAUAUGCACUGAAGCAGAGUAAAACAAAGUUGAUAUACUUUUGGAAAGCAGAAAUUUUUAUCAUGCAAAUUUAAACUCGAAGUUCUUUGUCAUCUGUUUUGUUACGACACACAGAAAAUCAGAUUUAAUGAGCAGCUGUGGUGACAGAGACAGUCGAUGGCAUUAAAAACAGAAAAUAUGUAUAUAAGCAGAUUAUAUUUACAGAAUUAUAGAUUUAUGGGUAACUGGAAACUUAAUAUUGUUUUUUUUGUGUUUGCACUCUUUGAUGAAUAUGCACCUUUUGAAAGAAAGAAAGAUUAUUUCAAACGGGCCAAUCAGAGCAGGGACGUAUUGUUACUCAAAGGCAGCAGCGACCAGUCGUCUUCUAUUUUGGAGGAAGAGGAAGCAGCUUUUUCUGUCAGCUGUAACUGCACAGUGCAGUCGAGCUUUAAGUGCUUUUAUGUGCAUUAAGUGGUUUUGUUUUCUCAGCUGCAGUGAAGUUCUGGAACUUGCUGGUGCUCCGUUCACCGUCCUGCUGCAGUGAGAACAGGGAAACUUUUUGUGCAGCAAAACUCACAUCAUUGCCUGAGGUGCUGAUGCAACACUGCAGCUUUAAUUUCAUUUUGUUGCUACAAGCUUUGACCGUUACAGUUAUCCUAAAAAUCUACUUGUUGUAAAACAAAGAUAAGAAAGAGUCAGACAGAGGUGGACAAUAUCAGAGGAAGAUGAGAGGAGUGGUGAGAUCAUGAAUUUUAUUACUUGAACCUGCUAACCAGAGUUAUGUUUUGGUCUUCUUUAAAAUUGUUUUUCUUUAGGUGCUAAAAAUCUCACUGCUGUUUGUUUCAAAUGGGAAAUAAAAGGACAUUUUUCUAAUAA